CACGGCUACACUGAGAAAGGAUCUCGAUCGGAAUGGAUGAAGACUCUCAAAGAUAAACUACUAAGUUUAGAAAACUUGAACGUGUUUGUAAUUGACUGGGUGAAUGGAGCCAGAGACCUAUACGGUAAAUCGGUGCAAAACACCCGUGUAGUCGGCCGCGUAAUCGGGAGGACCAUGCAGUUCUUGAACACCGAGACCGGGGCACAAUUUGACCGUAUGCAUCUGAUUGGACACAGUCUUGGGGCACAUAUUUCUGGUUUCGCAGGAGCCUUCCAGCCUGGAAUUGGACGAAUUAGUGGUCUUGACCCAGCCGGACCCAACUUUUCUCUUAACGACCCCUCAUGUCGCCUGGAUCCAACCGACGCCAUCUUUGUUGACGUCAUCCAUACUGACGCAGAGGCCAUUGGUGCCGGUAUCGUGCAAGUUGUUGGGCAUAUGGAUUUCUACCCUAACGGUGGCAAAGAGCAACCAGAGUGUCCUGCCAACGUUGAUGAAAUGAUCAUGGAUCCAUCCGAAGCGAGUUGCAGUCACAUCCGUGUACUCGACCUAUACAUUGACAGCCUAGACGAGUCGCAGUGCGCCCUCACCGGCUAUCCGUGCAGUAGCUGGGAUACGUUUCUGAAUGGUAAAUGUAAUGGUUGCGGUUGGUCUGGCUGUCCAACAAUGGGCUACAGGGCAGAUUCAUCUUCAGCAUCCGGGACCUUCUACCUGACAACUGGCUCAAAGUCACCGUUCUGUCAAGUUUAGAUUGAAAACAAGCAUAAUAUCAAGCGACUCAGAGAUUACAACGUGACCUUAUCGCAAAAUACUCGCUACAUGGGUAUUAGGCGUGGAGUGAGGUGCAGGCUGGUCUAGCUAGUGAUCGAAUUUGAUCGGUAGCUAGACCAGCAUGCACCUCAUUCAACAGUUAGCGUUUGCGCAAUGGGUAUCUGCGAAAAGGUAU